AUGGCCAGCCUGGCCGCCAAGGAUGCCUACCUACAGGGCUUGGCGAAGAAGGUCUGUGGGCAGCGCCCCCCGGAGCCGCGGAAGAGGAAAUAUGAGUCUAAGCCAGGCCAGCAUGGUGAUGCUGACAGACAGCUCAAGAAAAAGAAGAAAAGGAAACCCGGGAAGACAGUUGAGAAGACAAAUGCUCCUUCAGGCAAACAAGUGACGUCUAACACUAAUAAACCCACUCCAGGACAGAAAGCAGCCCCACAGGCCAGCAAAUCAUCUCCACAGGGUGUUACACAGAGCAGCAAUGAGAGUUUGGGUGCAGGAAACAAAAGUGAAGUGGGAUCCCCUUCUUUUUUCGCAAUGAAUCUCUUGCGUCAGAGACUACAUGAGAAGAUUAAAAAAGCUUCUGGACAA